CUUGUUUAUUAUGUGUAAAUCGUCAGCCUAAAGCGGAAAAAAAUGUGUUAAACUGAGUUUAAAUUUGGGUUGAUUCGGGCAAGCAACAGGGCUGGAAAGAAUGCGAAUGGUCUGGCAGGCGGAAGUGUAGCCAGAACAGGAGAAGAUGCCUUCCUCGCAGAUCUUUGCCAUCAACAACCAAGGUCGGGUGUACAGCCUCUCGACGGACCAGUCUGUGUGGAGAGAACUCCCCUACUUGGGCGUUGAAUUCAAGAGGGUUUCGGCUCAUGAGACGGUUAUCUGGGCCCUUGGGGGAGACCACCAGGUGUAUGUGUAUGUGUAUGGCUCAUCCGUCCCGAUACGUGUGUGUGAGGAGGCCUAUGAAAAUCAGCGCUGGAACCCCAUUGAAGGCUUCAGCGGAGUCUUGCUGCCCUCGGACCGUCCCUCCUUUUCGAGUGAAGAUGGCCUCACCAACCGAAAGAUUGCAGAUAUCACCCUCCCCACCCUUGCCUGGUCGUGGGAGUCACACUGGCAUCUCCAUCACACCCACGAGGGACAGGCUCUUGACAAGGAGGGGUGGACUUAUGCUGUAGACUUCCCAAGGACGUAUACGGCGGAAAAGAAAUGGAAUUCUUGCGUGAGGCGAAGGAAGUGGGUGCGGUAUAGAAGAUAUGUCGCCCUUGACACGUGGUCUGCUGUGCCUCCCAUUCAUCAAGAUCACACUAAAGAGCCCUUCAUUGACAUUACUGUCGGGGGAGGAGAGGUGGCUGGUGAAGACCUAGACAAGCUCAUGGUGUGGGGUGUUACGGUCUUUGGUCGGGUUAUGGUUCGUAGUGGUGUUGAUGGCACUUGUCCUGAGGGUUGCAGCUGGCAACACAUCCCAACGCCACCAGAAAGGGAUGUGACAACUGUAGGAGUAGGACGUUCGGGGAGGGUAUGGUCUGUAACCUGGGACGGCACCAUCCUUGUGAGGACCGGAGUGACGAGGGAUGCACCCACAGGUGUUGAUUGGAUUGUUGUUGAGCCUCCAAAUGGCAGUCCUCUGCAGCAGGUGGCAGUUGGAACAAAGUCAGUUUGGGCCUUGACGAGGGACCAUAAGGUCUGGUUCCGGAGAGGACUCCAAGCAUCCAAGGAAGCUGCUUCAGAGCAUAACAGAUCAGGCAAUGGAACUAGUCAGUCCAAGGCGGACACAGGAACGACUGGCAAUAGCUGGCUGGAGAUGGUGGGCAUGCUCAACAUGAUUUCUGUCGGCCCAAAUGACCAGGUCUGGGGCAUUGGUAGUGAAGACUACAACUUGCUCAUACGCACAGGCAUCACAGAAACAGAGCUCACAGGUCGAACUUGGCGGCCCAUUUGUCUCCCGAUUGACGUGUCAGUGACCCCAGAGCCAACCCCUAGUCCCAGCCCUGCACCAAGUCCAGGACCUUUAUCCAAGGUAACUUCAGGAAGGGAGAGUAACACUCCAGUUGAUGGGGGAUUGAAGAAACUAGAACCUCAGUGUGAUGGUGAAAGUCUGCUUAGUGUACAGUCUUCAGAUGGAGAAGACUUUCAAAGCAUGGCAACGGCUAUGGACAAUCUGAAGCUACUGGACAAUUCUGCAUCUCCUCCAGGGGGAGCGGUAUCAGCAGGUGAUGAGUCGGAGAACAAGAAUAAUACUGGCUUGCCAAACUUACAGCUGAAGCCAAAAGACGAGGCAAAUGUCACCGGAGCUGGGGAGAAGAAUGAAACUUCUCCGGGUCACGAUAGCCGAGACUCGAGCAUCAAGAUACGCUACCCAGAGGAUUACCCGAGUUCACUUAGCUCCUCUGUCGUGUCUGACCCGGGCGGAGAAUUCAUUAGCAGUUUUCAAGCCAGCGAGAGCAGCCCGGUGGCCAAUGGGGUCAUUGCCGUGAGCGUGGAAGGCAAUAAGAGCAAAGGACAAUUAGUGGAAGGGGAAGCUCAGGGAGUGCCGGAAGAGGAUCGCCAGUCGACAAAGAGUGAUAGAACAGAAGAGCAAACACAUGAGGGUCCACCAUCAAUGCAGCACUCGAGCGGGGAGUGGAGUGAGUCGCGCCUUCGCCACGUCAGCAGCAGUAGCGCCGGCAGUGAAGCUGGCCUCGGACGGGGUUCUCUGGUCGUAACGAGAGAGGAGAAGCCAGAGUACAACGUGAUACCCUUUCAAGCCGAACACCUAUGGCUAUGGAUAUCUGGCGGAGGGUGCUGGGUGAGCGCCAAUAACAUGCCGCGUUGUGCCGAGGUGCUGCAAAAGCUGCACUGGCGUCACAACAAGGAAAUCAAGCCUUUCGAAGGGUAUGAAGAGGCUGUGGAGGGGUCUUCUUGGGCCAUCAGGGGUCAGUGCCGCUGGUGGGCUGGGGGCCAGUUGGUGCCGGCGACCUUGGAGCUGACCAUGGUGGGCUCUCGCAGGUCAGAGGUUCAGGAUGCCACACUUGUGGUGCACUAUAAUCUGGGCUCUGCAAAGACGGUCGAGAUAUCGUGCUGCGCAAUAUUGAUGAGUGUUAUAUCAGUUGAGCCCGGAACAGCCAAGUCUGUCGUUGGGAUAUAUCAUCCCUCUGAGCCCCUCCACCCAAAGGCGCUUGUUUUCUCAGCCGAAACGGAUGCUGAAGACUGGCUGAACCACAUCUCCAAUGCCUGUAACCAGUUCCGAGGUCUAACAGGAAGGCCCUCCUCAUACACUGUGUGGGCAGUGACAACCAGAGGCGAUGUCUACCUUCAUGACUGUUCUGUCACAGAAGAGGAGCUCCGGGCUGAGUCAGUGGCCGCCCACAAGCACCUACCGAUUGGAUCAGGAGCUACUCCAGUAACCCUUCUAUUAGACCGAGGAUUUAGGCCAGGGUGCUUCAUCUCAGUGUCGGGCAAGAUUCACGAUAAGAAAGCUGACCAAUUCCAUAUAAAUCUGCAGACAUCGAGAGGAACAGAUGCUAACAUUGCUCUUCAUUUAAAUCCAAGAUUUUCAAUAAAUGCAGCUGUACUGAAUACCAAGAAGAAAGGACAUUGGGGACAUGAAGUGAAGACAGACUUAUCCGCCAUGACUCCAGGUGCUCACUGUGAGAUAUCCAUUGUGUGUGACGACAAGGACUUCAAGAUCUCUGUCAAUGACAAAUUUUGGUAUAGCUUCAACCAUCGCCUGUCAGCAGCUGACAUCACUCAUGUUGUCAUUCGAGGAAGCAUCACAGUGGAUUCUGUGACAUACAAUCAUGGGGCGGGUGAACGACAGCUGAAUGAGUGGUACUGGCGUGGUUUGGGCGGACACUGCCUGCGAGUUGAAAGUGGGGCUGGAGGUGUGACGUGGGCCAUCUCGCACGACUACCAUGUAUACACUUACACUGGGGCUACUGGUGGGGGGCUCUAUAAAGGGAGCAGCAAUGAUUCAGAUGUGAACAUUAUGAGCGAUGUCCGUCACAUGUAUGUCUGGGAGAACCAGCGCUGGAAUCCAGUGACUGGCUUCACUCACCGCGGCCUCCCAACGGACCGGCACACUUGGAGUGAUCAGACGGGAAGGCACCACAGAACGCAAGAGGGAACCAAGUUGCCUUCACGUCAUUGGUCCUGGAUGAGCGAAUGGUGUGUCGACUACCACACUCCUGGCGGGGUUGACCGAGAGGGCUGGCAGUAUGCCACGGAUUUCCCCCUCAGCUACCAUGGCCACCGAUACAUGACUGACCUUGUGCGGAGAAGGCGCUGGGUCAGGAAGUGCUGCAUAUCAACCUCUGGGCCCUGGCAGCAGAUGGAGAAAGUGGCACUCGUUAAUCUGUCUGUUUCGGGUGAAAGCGAGUGUGGAUGUGAGUGCGAGAGUGGGUGUAAGUGCAAGUUAGAGUGCGAGUAUGAAAGUAAAUGCGGUGAAAGCGAGUGUGGAUGUGAGUGCGAGAGUGGGUGUAAGUGCAAGUUAGAGUGCGAGUAUGAAAGUAAAUGCGGUGAAAGCGAGUGUGGAUGUGAGUGCGAGAGUGGGUGUAAGUGCAAGUUAGAGUGCGAGUAUGAAAGUAAAUGCGGUGAAAGCGAGUGUGGAUGUGAGUGCGAGAGUGGGUGUAAGUGCAAGUUAGAGUGCGAGUAUGAAAGUAAAUGCGGUGAAAGCGAGUGUGGAUGUGAGUGCGAGAGUGGGUGUAAGUGCAAGUUAGAGUGCGAGUAUGAAAGUAAAUGCGGUGAAAGCGAGUGUGGAUGUGAGUGCGAGAGUGGGUGUAAGUGCAAGUUAGAGUGCGAGUAUGAAAGUAAAUGCGGGCGACAGUGGGUGAACGUUGAUGCCCCGAACCAGCCGCUGCUCGAGAUUGGCGCAGGGGCUGGGAUAGUGUGGGGCCUGGAACGUGGCGGAGGAUUGUACCGCAGGACGAACGUGCUCCCCCUCUUUCCAGAAGGUACAAGCUGGGAGUGGGUGUGCGGGAACGUGGCCAGCAUUAGCGUCGGGGCCGAUGGGACACUCUGGGCCGUGCUGGAUUCCUUUGACAGUGACAAGGGCCCAGUCCAGGGGGUCAUCGCCAGGAGAGUGGGCGUGUCGCAUGACUGUCCUGUUGGCACUAGCUGGGAGCACACGCUAGGGACAGGCUGGAGUCAUGUCUCCGCUCGUGUCCCACUCCCCUUAUGACAGAAGGUGUGAAGAGGGAGGAACUUUGUUGCAUUUUAUGGUGAUUGAGAGUUGCCAAAGUAGUCCAGAAUGUAUGAAGAAGGACUUGCCAGCAGUGUCUAGUGAAAUAGAUUCUAUUAUGUGAGUGUGUUAAGAGGAAGGUUUUUGCCAGGUAUUAGAUCCCCUGAGAUAUUUAGGAAGUUUUUUUUUUAUUAGGAAUAGAUAUUUCUAGAUUAUUGAAUAUAGUUAUGGGAAGCUCAUUUCCAGAAAGGUUUUUAUUGUAGACAUGUUCAUUGUUUUAUUUAUUAGUAUACAGUAGUGUUGGUAGUUUUUUUAUUACAUGCUCAUAUUGUAGAGACAAUAUUUAAGUGAUUUUUUUUCUUCAGUUGUCCCAUAUCACUGUGUGUAUUCUUUUAUGGAAUGUAUACAAUCUUUUAUACAGAUCUUCUGUUUAGUUAUACAAUAUCUUUUAAAAUGUUCCAACUUGUGCUUUUCUAACCCAUUGGAUUUUAAGAUUUAACAGGGCCUACCACACACAUCAGGUAAUGAAAUGUAUACCUGUGGACAAAUACUACUAAAUUUUUACUGUGAUUUUUUUCCUCCAUUUUAUUAUGUAGUCGAAACUGUGAUAGAUAAUUUUUAGAAUUUUCCUCUUUGCUUUUACACAUAUUUUCCUUCUUUUUUUUUGACAUACAAGAAAAUUAUCUAAUGUAGUUUUACUGAUGCUUAUUGGGUUUGCUUCUCAUUUCUCCUUUUCCUUUUAUUUUGUUACAGGAUGCAAGUUUUCCUCUAAUUUUUGUCAUUAGUAAGUGAGAAAUUUUAUUUAUAUGCAUACAUAUGCACGUGAUUGACGUAACCUCAUUUUCCAAGUAUAAUUCUGUAUCACACGAAAUCCUGGAAAGUUUUCAUCACAUGAUGUAAACUUUAUAAAAUGUUCUUGUUUUAAAGGCUAUGAAAAUGAGAAAGGUUGCAAACUUCUGCUUACUGAUAUUGGCAAAUUAGUAGAGAAGAAUUAUCGUUAAAUUGCCUUAAUCAUCAAUAACACUUAAAUUGGAAGACGUUAUUGAUUUCUCAUGUUAUUUUUGAGUGACAAAGACUGUUAUGAGUAUCUGCUGCAGCUAUAACUGGUAUCAGAUCUGUGAAAUGAACGAUUACUUGAGGGAAUGUGAUUAUCAGUGAAAAUUUUUAUUGAAAAAAAAAAAGUUUCUGAUGUAGACUUACACAAUUGGGCUACUAUUUUAUUCUUUGUGUACAUAGAGGAAGACCAAUAUCCUGGUGUUUAUUAUUUUUUAUUUUUUAUUUAUUUUUUUAUUUUUUUAUUUAUUUAUUUUUUAAGAUCUUUAUAUUUGUAUUGUAGCUUCUGUUGCUUUCUUCAUACUAGCCUUUUUGGAAGAGCUCAUUGUCCAACAGUUGUGGAAAAUUGUAUUAGGGUAAAAGAAAUAAAAA